ACACCAGUGACGACGACGGUUCACCUCUGUUUCCCGAGCAAAAUACCUGUUUGGAACCCGAUACCCGCACCAGAUUUACGCCUUCGCGAUCACCGUAGACGAAAGUGACCGUCCAGACGCGGUCACCGGCUCUAGCGACGGGAAAUUCGAGGAAAAUUUUCCGGAAUUGCGAAUUCCCUGGAACAGUUAAGAAACUGUAGAAACCUGAUCAUAGUUCAAUAAACCAAUCGCAUGUUACAAAUUUAUCUUAAAAUGAAGUUAAGAAACAAACAAUGUGAGUGAAGAAAUUAAUGAAAAAACUCUAUUGUCAUUAAAUCAGUGCAAGUGCAACAUGAAGAUGAAGAACACUUUGCUUAAUAGACGCAGUGAGAUAAUGGAUACGUGUGCGAUGAAUUCUAUGGAGAAUCGAUGUUUCAAGAAUUGAUUAUUCAGUGUAAUAUGUGAUAAAAUGCCUCAAUACGACGAUAGUUUCCUCGAUUCGCCGAUUUUUCGGCGGCGGACCCGUAGCUAUGCGGUGCAAAAGCAAUUAGUGACCAAGUCGAAGAGUUUCAUCACGGGCACACCUUUGCUACUGGCCGUGACCAAUCACGCCAGGACUCUUUCCGGUUCCAUAUCGACCUGCAGCUUAAAAGAAGUCGAGGAGCGCUCCGGCGGGAAGGCGCGCGGCGGUAAACUAGCGCGUCGUGCGCGCUCCUUCAAGGAGGACUUCCUGGAGAAGCUCUCCCACAUGCGUUCUCCUGGUAGCGGCAGUGGCGGUGGAGGUAGCGGGGCAGCUACACGGGCUGCCUCGCCCUCCUCGCCGCGAACACCUCGGGACAAAAGCGCACCCGGUUGCACCGACGCAACCACCCUCGACAAGAAUCCCCUCCGUGACCUGCACAUCCAUGUGCGACAGGUGCAGCUGGCACUGCUCCACUUCAGGGACGUCGUGUCGAAGAAGAAGCUCGAGAUGUUGCCGGGUAACGGCACCAUCGUACUCGACACCGUCACCACCAUACACACAGUGCUGAAGUCCUAUCUACUGUACGAGAACAGCUCCACUCUGGGAUCAGCGACGAACCAAGUGUAUCAGGCCCUGGCACAGUUACUGAAGCUCUGCGACGAUGUGCUGUUGCACGGUGACCAAUCAUCUGCUUUGGACACCGAGAACGUGACGCACAUCAUAGGAUUAGUCGAGGAAGCUGUGAAGAACCUGGUUGCCCUGGCGAACGAGAAGAUCACCAAUAGACAGAAACCCGCCGCCGUCACGACUAGCAAUAGAACGUCGGGUUACGGAUCGGAAUUGACGCCACAAAGAAAUUCUUUACCCGAUAUCCCGUUAACCCCGAGGGAAAGGCAGAUUUUAGAGCAGACAGCCGCGACUACUAGUCUGGUCCGUAGUUCGCAUAGUUCAGAGUCGAUCUUAAGGGAUUCUAGUCCACCCCCCAAACCACCACUCCCUGAGAGAGGCAACGUGUGCCUGUCGGAGGAGAAUAGUUCGUCCGGGACACCGCCACCUUUGCCUCCGAAACGAAGAACAAGGGCUCAACAACUGUUGGACGAGUCCGAGGGUCUUUUAGCAUCUAGUCUUGACGGUGUUUCACUUCGUAGUCGAUCUCCAGAGGAUUCGUCGUCUCUUUUAAGCGCAUCGGCUGGUAGUUUGGAUUCGGCUCUUAAUCAUUCUCGCGACGAGGAUGAGAUUAGGGCGAUCAUGGGACCAAACGACGAGUCUCUGAACGACAGUAUGGAUCUCAGCCUGAUGGCUACUAUUCAGGGCAUGCAAGUUAAUGGUAGUUCAAACUGUAGUUGCUGGGAUGGUUCUGAAACAAAUAUACCAAGCACCAUGUUGUUGGGUCAACAAACUCCACAAGAAAUGCUUAAUCCAUUCACCGGUAUAGAAGGAAAAAUGGAAAGAUUAUCGACCCAGACGCAAGAAUCUGGUUUCGUAUCGAUGCACUCACAACGAAGCUCGUCUCAAAGUUACACUGCCUCCAGUGUAACAUCAAAAAGAUCGUCUCAGCAAAGCAGCAUUAGUUAUAAUUCCCAAACGUUCAAUUCACAGCAGUCGUUCUCGCAGACAAAAUUGUCGUCGGAUAGUAACGGGUCUAUUUUCACCCAGAAGACAAUGACCAGUUCCAAGAGCACUAUCAGCGCUACAAAUAUAUCUGGAAGUGGAGAUUCCUCCAUGUUGGAGAAACUGGUAAAUGAAAUGGAAUCAGUUUCUGCAUCUGACGCGAACGGUAUGCCUCCAGCAUUGCCAGAAAAACGAUCAAAACGUAGAAAAGAACGUCAGCCAUCGCAGUACGACAAUGUACCUGAAAACGAGCAUUUAUCAACCUGUAGUUUACAUACCAGCAAUGGGGAUAGUCCAGAUGCCAGUAAACCUCCUCCGCUCCCUCUGAAGAAACGUCAUAUGUUCCAAUCAGUGGCAUAUUCUGUUAUGGCGUACAUGGAGAUGUUUGGGAACUGUUCCCACAGUAACAAUGACUUUAUCUCUGGUCUUGGGACACGUCAUUCAGUAGCAGCUUAUAAUUCAAUGCAAGCAGAAUGGCAACAACAUGAGAUGGCCCUUACCACAACACAAUCAUGUUCUUUCAUGGCUCACACUAUGACCACUUUACAUGAUAGUUCAAAUACCUCUAUAACAAUGACACCAUCAGUAACUGAAAUAGCAGAUAAUUCUAGUCUCCCUCCAGCAUUGCCGCCAAAGAGAUCGCGUUCCAUUAAAUCAAAUGUAACACCUCCACCAAUAUCACCAAAACCUACUAUUAGCAUACAAAGUAUACAUUCAAUGGACCCAAUUGUAACGUCAACUCCGGUGAAGAUAGAAGAAUCAGCUUGUAUUCACGAUAAGAAAGAACUCACACCUUCAACUCCAGUGAAAUUGAAUAAUACUGUCCUGGGCACGAUAUUGCCUCCCUCGAGACCGGCAAGCAAUGCUUUAUCAUCAUUGUCAGUCGAUGACAGUACUCUUGAAUUAAGAGAUGUCGAUCAGGAUGAUAGUAUUCUAGAUGAGCUGGACAUUAGUAAAUAUUUAGUCUUCAAAAAACCUGAUGAAGAAGGACCAGAUAUACGAGGAGGACAUCCGGAUGCAUUGUUAAUUCAUGCUACCAAAGCUAAUAAACACGAUGAGAAAGAAUCAGAUUUCCUGUACCAAGAAGCAUUCUUAACAACCUAUAGAACCUUCAUGCAACCAUUGGAAUUAAUUCAAAAAUUACAUAGACGUCAUCAACGGUUCUCUUGCUCUGCUGACGUCGUUAAGCAAAGGGCAGCUCGCGAAGCGUUUUCCUUAUUAGUUAGAGUAGUUAGCGAUUUAACCAUGUCGGAUCUCGAUGAUAUUCUCUUACAAACGUUAAUGGAAUUCGUGCAGCAAUUAGUCUGCAGCGGAGAUCUCACAAUGGCAAAAGCUUUAAGGGUUAAGAUUUUAGAGAAACACGCAGCGAAACAAUUACAAGCGACCCAACCAAUUCUUUCUUCGCUAAGUGUGACAACGAAGCAAGCUUCCCUGCUCGAUUUUAAAAGCGAACAGAUAGCUGAGCAAAUGACAUUGUUAGACGCUGAUCUGUUCAUGAAAAUCGAGAUACCGGAAGUGUUGAUUUGGGCCCAAGAACAGAACGAAGAACGUAGUCCAAACCUGACCAGGUUUACGGAACACUUCAACAAAAUGUCGUAUUGGGCCAGAUCAAGGAUACUGGAGCAUAGAUUAGAAAAUGAAGCGAAGGAUAGAGAAAAAUAUGUGGUUAAAUUUAUUAAGAUAAUGAAGCACCUUAGAAAAAUAAAUAAUUUUAAUAGCUACUUAGCCUUGCUUUCUGCACUGGAUAGCGCGCCGAUUAGGAGGCUCGAAUGGCAGAAACAUAUUACAGAAGGCUUGAAGGAAUAUUGUGCUCUUAUUGAUAGUUCUAGCAGUUUUAGAGCUUACAGGCAAGCUCUGGCAGAAACGCAACCACCGUGUAUUCCAUAUAUCGGACUUGUUUUACAAGAUCUUACAUUUGUGCACAUUGGAAACAGUGAUUUAUUACCGGAUGGCACUAUAAACUUUUCUAAAAGGUGGCAACAAUUUAAUAUUGUGGAAAAUAUGAAGAGGUUCAAAAAAGGGACAUAUUCGUUUAAAAAACACGAACGUAUAAUAACGUUCUUCAAUAAUUUCAGUGAUUUCCUCUGUGAGGAGGCAAUGUGGCAGAUUUCCGAGAGCAUUAAACCGCGUGGUGGGAAAAAAGCACAGUCUCAAAACUAGAAUACGUCUAACCCUUUCACUGCCUGCGUCUCGAAAUCGAAAGGCUGAAACAGUGAAUUAGAACGUUUAUAUUUAAUGGUAUUUAGGUAGAAGCUUAAUUGCAAAUCAAAGAAAAAAAUAUCAUACAACACUCAAAGGGCGGUGAAAGGGUUAGCGCGGUCUAUCCCAUUUCAACAGCCUCUAUGAGGUUGUAUUUUAAUUUAUGAAAAAAUUUUAAUAUUUCCUCCAUAUUGAAGUGAAGAAACGAUAAUACCGCAAACAGACAUUUAGAUCAAAUUGAAAUUUGAUGUAUAUCUGUUUCGUUUGAAAUAUUAAACGCGUGUAUAAAUAUCGAUUGAAUCGAAACGUAUAGGAAAAAAACUUUAAUGAUUCGGUUAGAUUAAUCGUGUCUCAAUGUAUUUUUGUAGGUUCUUUUUUUUUGUCCUUUUCGCCGAUAGGAUAGUAAGGGAAUAAAAAAUCGUAUUUGCUAUGGACCUACGGAAUCGUAUACUUAAAAAAAUGAUGCAGCUGUAACGAUGCUUAACAUAGCAUCAAGGGAGAGAAACCCCACACAUUAACAUAUUCUAUAUGUAUAUCUAUAUAAAGAAAAGUAUUUAUUUAUUUGCCUUAUAUCAGCAACAUGUAAAAAGUAGUAGGUGUCAUUCUUCUUUUUUUUUUCUUUUUCUUUUUUUUAACUUAUUUAGAUAUAUGUAAACGUCCAUCAUAUAGCUUUAUCGUAGGUAGAGAAACUUUUCAAACGUCAACAGUCUACAGUCUGUUGACUUCGCAAGGAAAAACACCAAUUACGUUGAUUAAUGUAGAGCCAUCGUAGUUCACAGAUCAGCGCGCUCAAAUGGACGCGCUUUUCCGAACACGUGGCACACGACUGAGCGUAACUGUUACAUAUACUAUUGUAUAUGAUUCUAGAGAACACUUUUUGUUGGAAACUUGUUAAUAGGUAUCCAAGCUUUCAGCUUUAAGUCGAAUGGUUACCUAGAAGAUGUAGGUAAAUUAAAUGUGAAAUCCACGAUCCUAGCGAAAGAACUGAAUCGAAAUUUUAUCAUCCUUUGUGUUUUAACGAUCAUUCUAAAACAUCUCUUUGAUAUCUUUUGCUAUAUAUAUAUGUUUUUUUUUAAAAUAAUUUUCAAUGAUAAAAGUGGGAGAGGGAGUUUCUCUUUCACUACACAUUCCGAUUUAGAGGGAAAGUAAUCCGAUCAAAUUAAUUUUACCCAGAUAAAAAAACAAAAACAAUCGUACUAUUGACCCUCGAUUCUUACUCUUCGUUGAAUACGUCGGAAUUUAAUAGAGUGCAUCGAGUUUUAAUUUCUUAAGAUAAAUUAUAUAUCGCUAUAGUGAUACGGCUGUCUGUGUGCCUCAUAUUAUUAGAGUGAAUGAAUAUCUCGCCUAUUAUUAACGUUCUCUGGUCUCACAUUUAAUGAUAAAUGUCUUGUAUACAACACUUCGUCGGCGAUACUAUGAUAAUCGGGUUUAAGAGAUGUUAAAAACCGUCGUCUGCUUGUUAACACCUUAACUGCCAUGGGGAUCAUCAAAUAAUUAAAAAAUGAAUUAUGCUGGUAUUAUAAGCAGUAGAUUGAAGAAAUAAUGUUGAAGAAUAUUUUUACUAUGGCAGUCAAUGUGUAUAUAAGCUGCAGGUAUAUUGGCAAGCGAUUAUACAAUUAAAGUUGCGAACAAUUGUGUUCUUCGUUUAUUGAAAAUUUAUUUCCUAAAGCUAACGUCGCUUAUCAGUGUACUUGCAAUCACGAUGGUCGCGUACACUUAUUAUUCAUAUUCAGAAGGCCUAAGCAGUUGAUGAUUGACGUUGAUCUAUACCGUUAACACCUUACCGACCGGAAGCCAAUGAAUAGACUCUGAUGCCAGCGAAAUAAUAAAAUUAAAGUGUGCUACAAUUAAAAGGAGCCUGGUAAUAUGAAUCACUCCUUCGAAUUUUUAUUAAGUUACAAAGUGAUAAUGCUUAUACGUUUCAUCCGUAAGCGGUGGGUAAGGUGUUUAUUAAAACCAAUACUUAAAAACAGCGAGAACAAAAAAAACAUAGAUAGAUCGAAAGUGUAGUUUGCCAUUAUUAUAUAGAUCCGAUAAAACCGUUGUCAAUUUCUGAACUUGCACCAAAUAUAUACAUACGUAAAGGUAGCUUUCAAUAUGAAUCACAAAAGUAAUAAACGUUAAAACUGUUCAGUAAAUAGAUGCACUCCGUUAACCGCAGCCGUAAGUAAUUCAAAAGAAAAGAAAAUCAAUUUUAAGAUUGAAUUUUUAACGAAGUCAUUAUUGUUACGCCAAUAAUUCAGGAGCAAGUAAUACACAUAAUUCUUUUCGAGAAAAAAUUCAUAAUACAUGAACGUGUGAUUGUAUGCGUGAAGAAAUAUUUCUGUUCAAUAAUUGAUACAUAUAGGGUUCGUCUAAUCUAAGGUUAAGAAGUUUAUUAUUAACUUUGUACAUAGUUUGAUUGUAUUCAGAAUUUCUUGUAUGUACGCGAGUGCCGACUAUUAUUCACAAUUGUAUAUAUACAGUGUAUUAUCUUUAUCAUUAACUUUCCGCACGAGGUGAUUAAUCUCAUUCGUAUUUAAGUUUAUCGAAAUCAUUGUGAUGCCAUGUUACAUUCUUACCUAGCCGCGGAUGCUUGAUCCUUUAUAUUUUUUUUUUCAUUUAAUUGGGGAAACUAAAUGAACCGUGUGUUCUAUCAGGUAUCUUGGAAUUGUGCAACAAAUACGAACACAUGUAAAUUUCUUGUAACAAAGGAAACCAUAAAAUUCAUUAGAGAUAAGAAUAAGAUAUUCUUUCCUUUCUAUGUUAACAAUUAAAAUUACAUGGAUAUAUUCAGUUACAGAGUUAUAAUUACUAUAUCUAUUCCGCUUUCAAAAAUGGAAAACCUGAAUUUCUUUUCUUAGGAGGAAUUUACUACCUCUGCAUGUUGCACAACUUUAGAAUAAUUGAUAUUUUUUAAACUUUGUUUUUUUUUUCCUCUUGUAUUUUUUAAUACAAUCAUCAUCAGUUUCCUCCUGAAAUUCAUUAUAACAUUUCUUUUAUGUUACAUCUGCAUCCUACCUGAUUCUCGAAACAUAUGUAUAUAUAUUUAAAUACCGUUGCUGCUUGUCGAAAUUCUGUUGAUAGUUCCUUUUUAAAAUGGCUCACUUGGAAAUGUAUUUUAAAUGUGAUGCAGUUAUAAUGAUUACUGUUGCAUCUAUUUUCUAUUACAUUUUUUCUCGAUUCACUGUUAACAGUAUUCUCUUGUAAAUUCCAUAUAUAAGCGGUAUAAGCAUACAGUUUAAGGUAAUGCUAAUGCUAACAAAACUAUGAGUGAGAUAAAAAAACAGUGAAUAUGCAACGAAAAACUUAGACUCUGUCAGUCUAUUAGUUAAAAUAAAACACUAGACUAUUUUGCGGUAGAUGAACACACAGUGAAGAAAGCGAAUUGAUUUGAUAAUUAAGUUGAUAAUAAGAUAUCUUCCACAUCAUUUCUUUUUUAAUUAUAGAAGCAUAUACAUAUAAGUGUGCAGUAUCGAAAGUAGCAGGAAUUCUAAAAAUUUUAAUCUUAACUAUUAACACCGAGGAAGACCAGAAACCCGAAGAAAGGAUCCCACCAUGUUCGGUACUGUACAUCUAUAUCAGAAAAAAUAUUAAUUUAUCUUCAUCAUUUUUUUUUCCUCGUAUUUUUGGGUAAUUUAUUAUCACUGUCAAAUUUAUCUUAUUAUCAAUACCAUUAAUUAUCGGAAAUUGAUAGAUUGUUCUUUGCGACUGCAAUUCUUUCAGCUCUGAUUAGCCAAACAUAGAAUGUAGGAUAAAGAAAAAUGUGUUUUUAUCUAUCUUUUGCCGAAUAUAGAAACAGUCUAUGAAUGAAAAUGGACUCUAAAGCAAUCGCUGUAAAAUUUACAACGCAAGAGUUCCAGCGUUGCAAAACGAUCAUAAAUACACAUUGAUCAUUGCUUAUUGAUACUUUGAUGGCGAGGGAUAUUUGCAGAAUUAACGAUAGAUUGUAUAUAUACAUAUAUGACAAAUUAAACGAUCGAACGAUACAUCGAUCUCUUAUUGUAUAUUUUAAGGAAGAAUGAAUAAGUUCUAAGGCUCGAAUUUGAAACAGCAGUUGUUUGCAUGGUACGGAUACAAAUGAGGGAAAACAGAAUUCAUUUAACCCGUCUGAAAUUGAUGCAAGAUCACGCGUCAAAUAACUCUCGCCGAACUUAAAUUAAUGAUGUUUUAAAAGUGUGUCGUUCUUAACAAGGAAACAAUAAGUAACUAUCCCUAGCAAAUAUCGAUAAACACGAAACAAGUAAUAAUUACCAUUAAUGUGUUACUGAUCUCUAAUCAACAAAAGAUAUAUGUGUAAUUUAACAUUAAAUAGAUACCAAUGGUAAGUGAUUAGAAUGUACGGUCACGCGCAAUUCAGGUUUCUUUUCGUUAAAAAGAAGUGUAGGGAAAGAAUAUUAUACCAUUCGCAUUAUUUGUCGAUGUUCUUUGCGAGAACAAGUUCUACGUUAACUUUUCUCUGUCUUUUUUUUGAUUUUCUCAGGAUUGAAGACAAAAUGAUAGAUACUUUCUUUUCAUAAUAUUUAUUUUUAACCAAAAGAAGCCUAUAUUGUAGUUGGAUGGACCGAUAAUCGAUAAUCAUGGUGAUUGUUGAUGCUUUGGUUGAUCCGCCAGAGCAUUAAGCGUCAUCAUCAUCAAAGGGACAUAUCUACAAAAGAUGGUAAUGCUGUUUCGAAGACAGUGUGCCGAACAAUUAACCGGAAAGAGUAUGACAAAAUGAGUAACAAGUUGAUUUGAAAUAAUGUCGAUUUACAUUCGAUUGUUUUUAACGAUGAUGUAAUUUGUUUGUUCGGUAGCAUAUGAUAUCGGUAAUUAAGUGGUUUUAUCUGGGCUAAUGGCGAAAUUUUACGCAAGGAAAUGACAGUGUAUAAUUGCACACUGAAAUAUUAAAUACGGUUAACAAUAAAAUAUUCUAUUUAGUAGAACAUUUUGUAAAUAUAAUUCACAAUUGAUCAAAAUGGAACAACCGACUUUCGGAAGAUUUAUAUUUUCUUAAAUAUAACUAUACAUUAAAUCUUUCACAACUUCAUUGUUGCUUUAUACAAACAACAAAUUGCAUAAUUGUCAUAAAUAAUAUCCUUAAUAAUUUUCUACCGAAAUUGCAUAUUAUAUGAUCUUUGUAAAAGCAUCAAUGCGUUAAUUAAGAAAUACGUGUAAAUUCUUUCAGAAAUAACGCGAUGAAAAUAACACAGUGAAUUAUUUGGGAAAAUUAAUCCUGUUCAAGACAUAAAAAUGUAAAUCGAAAUUUAUUCACACUGACGCAGAGGUAAUAUAAAGCAAAGGGAUAUCCAAAGGCAUUUAUAUUAUAUGUGUCUCAUUUAUAGGACUCUUACAUGCGUAGAACACUAUACCACAAAAUGAAACAAGUAUACGUGUAACUGCAAGAUGUGUGAAGGAAAAACACAAUGUCACUGAGCAUAUCAUUUGUAAGCAAACAUUUACUAAUAAUCAUUAUAUCCGAAAGUCCCUUUCAAUUACUCACCGUGAUGAAGGAAAAAUAAAUUCUGACAGCUAUUAUCGAAAGGAUAAACGUAACAUACAUACGUGCUCACCGCGUUUGAUUAUGCGAUUUCUUACGUAGCCGGUUAUAUUUUUCUAUGGGUAUUUUUUCUUACUGUGCUGUUGAGGACGUCGUUUUAAAAGCACGUGUUUAUGUAGUGCGAUCCACGCGCAAUUAUAAUAUAUGUAUGUACCUAUGAUCAUUACUUACAGAUUACCGUCAAAAUAUAUUUUUCUUCCGUUUCUUCGUCAGUAAGUAUCGAGUAUGUUGAACAUUUGUAUGCGUACAAGGUUUUCGACCGACUGUUAUUGCUUCUUUUGUAAUAGGUGUACGAAGAAGUGAAAUAAAAAUGUGUUAGAGCCAACUA